AUGUUUGCCCCUACUGCUCGCCGCGCCGCGACCCAGGCCUCCGCCUAUGCACCCAAAUACUACAUCCCCCGCACCACCGCCGGUAUGACCCUUGGCACAGCCGUCCAGCUUGGUUCCCUCGCUGCUGGCUUCGGUGUCGCCGUUGGUUCUGGUGCCCUCUUCCUCUUCGGCGAGGUUCCCCGUGUGCGCAACGACAUCCUCCGCAAGCUUCCUUUCCUCGAUACCUACUACGACCGUAGCAUCCCCGCUGAGGACAACCCCUUCUAA